CACAUGAGGGAGGAAAAGUCUCUCUACUGUGAAGAGUAAAUAUUAUAAUUAGUACAGUUAAUCCGGAUCAGUCUGGGGGACCAUGUGAGAGAGCCAAUGAUGUGUAUCCAGCGGCAGUCACGGGGUCUGGAGGAGCCGUUUCAUCCGGUUCUAUGCGGCUCAGUCCGUCCCUGAUUCGGUCCCGACCAUGUCCGGGUCUUCUGCAGCGGAGCGGGUCGCCUGCAUCACCCGGGUCCAGAGCUUCAGCGCCUGUCACCGGCUCCACAGUGUUCACCUGAGUGAUGAGGAGAACAGAGGAGUCUACGGGAAAUGCAACAACCCCAACGGACACGGACACAACUACAAAGUGGAGGUCACAGUGCGUGGAAAGAUCGACCGUCUCACUGGGAUGGUCAUGAACCUGACGGACCUGAAGAGGUGCAUUGAGGACGUCAUCAUGAUCCCUCUGGACCACAAGAACCUCGAUAAAGACGUCCCGUACUUUUACAGCGUAGUCAGCACAACGGAGAACGUGGCCGUUUACAUCUGGGAGAACAUGGUGAAGGUUCUACCUCCAAACCUGCUGCACGAGAUCAAGAUACACGAGACCGACAAGAACAUCGUCGUCUACAGAGGAGAGUGAAAUAAUCAUUGAUCAUCUAUAAAGCUUUAAAUAUAACGAUUGAUCGACUACAGAGGAGGUAUCAAUAAUGAUUGAUCAUCUAUAGAGGAGAGUAAAAAUGAAAUAUUCGAUUUAUAUUUGGUAAAAGUGCCGUUAAUAUUUCCCAUAACUGUGCCUGCUGGUGACAUGGAUAAAAGCGUCUGCUAAAUGACUGUAAUGUAAUGUAAUGUAAUGUAAUGUGACGAGGACUCUGGUUUUAUUGAUUAAGGGUUAAAGUUUGAAAACAUUCAGAACUGUGAUUCCAAACCUUCUUAAAGUUUUAUUUGUUUAACUAGAGUGUGCAUUAGUCUUUUUAAAGGAUUAUUUAACUAUUUGUAACCAAAGAGCGAUUCUUCACAUGAACCAAACUGCUAAUAAACUAUUUUUAUAUUUGUGGGACCAAAUAUCACAUGAACGUACAUUUAAUUUGUAGUAAAUUCAUUCGAUAUAUAUAUAUAUAUAUAUAUAUAUAUA